AUGAGCGUCAUCCCCUCUGUGCUCCUGCAGAUGUUGGUGGUGCUAGCGCUUCUGGCCAGGGAUGGCGCCCUGGCGUUGUGCCCAUCGGACGGAAACACUCACGUUGUUUACGUGACCUCCAACAUGGGCGACAACAUCUGGAGCUUCGAUACAACCGGCCACUACAUCGGAAACGUGCUCAACAAGAGCUCCUUCCCCUUUCGGGUCGACAAGCUGCGCGACAUGAGGUUUGGCCCCGGUAACCAUUUGUACAUCUCUAGUGCCCGGGGACAAUACAGCCGUGUCUUCGCCGUUUCAGGGAAUGGCCUCUUAAAUAACACCCUCGGAGAGAAGUGUAUUCGCAACUACCUCUUCACCGCCACCACACAGAGCAGCAGCAACCCAUUCCUUGACCACCCAUAUGCAAUAGCGUUUCAUCCCGACGAUGACUCACUUUAUGUAGCGAAUCAAAACUCCGCCACUAUUACAAAGUAUACACGGACCAAUGCUGAUAAGCCCGGGUACCCAGAAUGGGAACCCAUUGCGAAUGUGAAACACGCCACCUCAAACUCUACUGAUAUGCCUAAGGGGCCGAGCAAAGCGGGGCUUUUUGCUUCAUCUUGGAGUGCAGAGUACUCGAUGGCCUCCGUGCGUGGGUUGGCAAUCUCACCCCCACUCCCACGUGCCCUUGUAGAGCAGGCCGCUCCCGCAGGGUGGUUCGCCACGGAAAGGAAUUACCUUACGCGUUACAUUCUCGUCUGUGACGUCGCACUGGACCAGGUCCAAGUGUUCCUUGCUGACACUGGUGAGCAUGUGUUUGCCAUCCCCGUCGCUGCCCCGGUGCAGGUGCUCUUCCCUUCACGUUAUCUAAAGCCAGUGGAUUCACCGGCCUCGUACUUUGAGGUGCCGCACGUGUACGUGACAAGCCGAGAAGACGGAAUGGCGUACUUAGUGCCUUUCUUGGCACCGCAGCAAAAGACGGAUGUAGUCGGCAUCACCACUCUUACACAGUAUCGUGGAUCACCGUAUGCAAUCACGAACAGAGUGCCGCAGCACUCUGUCAGUGGUAUUUUUGAGAACCCCUCGCAUGACAUGCUAUUGAUAGCGGACCGUUCUGGUCGGAAAAUCUCCACUUAUGCCUCGCCUUUCUUAACGAACUUUGAGGCUGGCACGGGACCGUCUCCGCUCCUUGGAUACUUCACGACCAAGUUGCCUGAUGAACCAGAGUUCAUUGUUACGACGAUGGUGGAGCAACAAAGCUCUAUUCCGUUUUGUUAUGAGCUUAGUGAAAAUGGUACUUUCCGCUACGUCGCUCUGUGCACGGCAGCGUAUAUUUGGACGGCAACACUGAUUAUGUUCUGUAUUGUGGGAGCCAUAGUUGUGCUUGCUCGGGAGGUGCGGCAUUGCCAGGAGCGCCGUAGAAGGCAAAGGAAGGAGAGACAAUUCAUGCCAGAAGUUGAAAACUCAGAGGAGGUACCGCUUGUCAGUGAGGCCCGUGUGGGUGGUUAUGGUACGGGGAUGGUCAACUAA